AUGAACUUAAAUUUAAAAUUACCACAGCAACUCAGGCAGUACUCUACGUCUAUUGAUAAGCUAUCCAGUUUCGGCGUUAUCCACAAAUCAAAGAGGCUAGGAAGAGGUAGAUCCUCCAACCAAGGUAAAACUUCAGGCAGAGGUCAGAACGGUCAGAAGAGCAGGGGCGAUGGCAAAGUGGCACCGUGGUUUGAAGGUGGACAGACGCCCCUCACCAAACGAUUCCCAAAGACUGGUUUCUACAACUACAAUCAGACAAAUUACGCUACAGUACCGCUAUCGAGACUGGCGCAGUGGAUACAGCAGCGCAGAAUAAAUGCUAAUACGACCAUCACUAUUAGGGAUAUAGUACACUCGAACCUCGUCCACGGACUUUCGAAGAAGGAUGGCGUAAAGAUACUAUCUGAUCUUAAGCCAACCGCGCAACUCCCACCAGUACACAUUGAAGCGUCUUCUGCGUCCAAACCUGCGAUCGAAGCUAUAGAGGCAGCAGGUGGUUCAUUUACUCACAAAUACUUCAACAAACUCUCUCUCAGACAGCACCUCAACCCUCACAAGUUCCCAAUUCCCGUACACGAAGCCGCACCAACCAAGAAAGCUGAUAUUCUCUUCUACGAUAGGGUGAGCAAGCGUUGA